AUGUCCGUUUCGUCAGUGUCGUUUAACACAGACGUUAACAUCAGAUAUGAGAGACUAUCACAUGAGUAUGCGAAACUGCGAUCUCAUGUGAAAGUGCUCAGCGAAGGGGUGAUCUCAGAGAGAAAGAAGAACGACAGUUUGAACGAAACUAUCAGAGAACUGGAAGUACAACUACGAAAAGUUGAGGCUGAAAACGAAAGUCUCACGUUUCGAAACGAUCAACUCGUUAAGCGUGUAGAGAGCCUUCAAGAUGAGUUGGAGGCUUUAAUUCAUGGGAAAGCAGGAACACUCAAGAAAGGAAAGUUACCGAAGAAAUCAAAAGACACGAAAGAGUUGCUCAACGAGAUCGGAACACUUGAAGGUCGUGUGGCAGUAUUGGAGGAAGAACUGCAGAACAAAAUACGGCAAAACAUGGAACUGACCAGCCAGAUGUGUGAUCUCGAACAGAAGCAUGCUGACGAAUUAUCUUCUCUAUCGAACGACUUUGCUCGGAAACUAGAACAAGCUGAAGCUCGCCGAUUCGAUUCUGAUAGAAGAAUAGAGCAUAGGCCGGAGAGACCCGUGAAGUCGGUGAAACCACUGGAGCAGUCUAUGGAGGUCAACAAUAUUCUAUCGCAAACACCUUCGCCGCAGCCUCCACCGAUCAACGAGGCGUAUCUCCAAGUGGCAGAGUCAAUCAGAAAUACUUUGCAAGGUCUGUCAACAUUGUUCGAACUUCUUUAUCAGCGCACUCAGAUAUAUCCAUUUGAUUCUUCGUUGGAACCCCUCCCCAAUCAUGUGAAG